ACUCUUGUAUAAAAAACUUCCCCGCAGCACGUGAGAAUCAUUCCGUUUUCAACCUCCGUUGGAAUUAAUCCACAAUUAUGUCUGUUAAAGCUAUCCUCGCCUUUUGCGCCUCUGCCCUAUUGGUUCAGAGCGCUGUGAGCUCCUGUGUCGGACGCCUCGGCACCGCCUGGGGCUACGAUGGUCUGGGCUAUGGAGGUCUGGGUUACGGUGGAUGCGGCUACGGUGGUCUUGGCUACGACGGAUUCGGCUAUGGUGGUCUGGGCUACGGUCGUCUUGGCUGCGGCAUUGGCGCCAUCGCUCCUGCUGCCGAUAUCGCCGUCGCCAGCGGUCUAGGAAGCUGCCUAUGGUGGAGGUCUCGGCGUCUCCAGUGCUUCUCCCAUGGCCCCACCGGUCUUGCCGUAGCCUCUGAGAACAUAUACGAGGGUCCAGUGGCCGUCGCCGGUAACCUGCCUUUCCUCGGCACCGUAGAGGUUGCCGGGGAGUUCCCCACCGCCGGUGCUGGUGCCGUCUCUUACGGUUGUGGUGAUGGUGCUGUCGGCAUCGCUGCUGAGGGUCCCAUCGGUGCUGCUGUCGGUCCCGCCUACGGAUACGGCGCUCUGGGUGGAUUCGAUUACGGAUUAGGUUACGGAGCCUAUGGACUCGGUUACGCCGGCAUUGGCGCUCGCGGCUGCGGUUGCGGAUGUGGUGCUUGGUACUGAACAUUAUUCUAAUAUUGGACACUUUACAUACGACCCGGUAUUUUGUUGUAAUAUAACUAAUACGCAAACAUCUA